GCAGACCUAAGCUAUAUUCGUUGCUGCGUAGACCGACCAUAGCUAGCUAAAUUGCCCGACCUUGCUGUUUGAUAAUAACCUGGCAAAGGAGAUCCAAAUCGCCGAUCAGCUGGUUUAUCCACGGGGCAAGUUAUUCAAACGAGAUAGCAGCUCGCUGCAACGCACAAUGUCAAUCUGAACUGGCUUAUUGGAGGAUCAAACGAACCGGCAGCCCUUGGACUUUUUAAAAAAUAAUAAUUGAGGCGCGCGCAGGUAUCCCUGACAAUUUCAUCACCGCCUUUUUUAUUAUUCCCUUCUUUUUUUUUCCCCAUCUACAAUACAUCCCACUGAUACGGGUUUAUGUGAGGGGGGAAAUAACCAUAUCCAGGACAUAUCCAAUCCAUUGCUGUCAGGUACUUUUUACAUACUCAAAUUUACGCGUGUCGCGUAGAAAAUGUCUUCUGCCGCAUUACAGGCAGCUCCUCACCAGCCGAACUCUCUUCCUACCUUGAAUGCCCCUUCGCCUGCUGCAGCAUCGUCAUCACAACGCCAAUUUACCCCGGGUCAAUCCCCUAGCCAAGAGGGCCGUUAUGCUAGUCGAGACAACACGAACGCUUCCCCUGCAUCUUCGAGGCGCCCAUCUAGGCGCCCUAGCGGAAACAGUGCCAACGCAGCAAGUCCAAUACCGACAUACACUGAACAAACCCAACCGUCUCCAAUGACAUCGCGAACCGCAUUGCCCUCGCCGGUGCCGGUGACGGGCAGCUCAGCCGAAUAUGAUAGAUCAGCGCAAAAUCGGCGAAAGAAUGAGCCCCCCGUUGCACCGCCCCGGACCUCCUCCACACAACAUGGAGCUUCAGGUCAACAAAACUCUAGAAGGGCGGCUCGCGCAGAAGAAAGAGCUGCUAAUUCCCCUAGACGAACAGCAGGAGACAGCAGCAAGGCUGGCACAAAUGGACAAUCGGAUUUCGGACGGGGAGGCUACGAUGACCCGAGUUCCCGAAGCCGAAGAGCAGCAUCCCAACAUCUUACGCAGGAAUCUUCGCAAAGACCAAGCGCUAAUAAGGAAUACCGGCAAACUGUCACCACUAUGAUGCCUGUUAGAUCUGCUACAAGUGCUUCGGCGAGGCAACCUUCGCGUGAGGCUAGCGAAGUGCUUAACCGUGUCAUUGUUUCUCAGCCUGAAGACGACAUUGAACGAGAACGAGAACGAUUAGGCGAAGCCCAGGCCCAGUCCUCGCAUCGAGCUGCUGACGAAGAUGAUGGAGCUGCACCACCGCCGAACGUUAGCAACAGGGACUCCAUUGAAGAAACCCGGCGUGGUGGCAGAAGCCGCCAUGAUCAUUCCAAACGUGAAAAGACAUCUAGAUUCGGAGAUUACUAUCUAGGUAAUACGAUUGGCGAAGGAGAAUUUGGCAAGGUAAAAUUAGGUUGGAAGCAGGACGGAGGUGUUCAGGUCGCUAUCAAACUCAUUCGACGCGACAGUGUAGGCAAUAAUCCGUCCCGACUUGCCAAGAUCUACCGCGAAGUAGCCAUUCUCCGUGGUAUCUCACAUCCGAACAUUGUAAGGCUACACGAGAUGGCUGAAACGGAAAGACACAUUGGAAUCGUUCUAGAGUAUGCUUCUGGCGGUGAGCUAUUCGACUAUAUUCUAAACCAUAGGUACCUGAAAGACGGCCCUGCUCGUCGAUUGUUCGCCCAACUUAUUUCGGGCGUGGGAUAUCUUCACAAGAAGGGUAUUGUCCAUCGAGAUCUCAAGCUCGAGAAUUUACUUCUCGAUAGAAAUCGCAAUAUCAUCAUCACAGAUUUUGGGUUUGCCAACACUUUCGACCCAGCUGACGAGUUGAACGAGGAUGAGGAGAUCAACUUAUCUGACCGAGAAUUUGUUAAGCGUUCUGGUCUCGAUAAGACCAAGUCGAACGGAAUGCGAAGGGGUGACCUGAUGCAGACAAGUUGCGGAAGUCCAUGCUAUGCGGCGCCAGAACUGGUGGUUAGCGACUCUCUAUACACUGGCCGAAAGGUGGACGUCUGGAGCUGCGGAGUGAUCCUAUAUGCUAUGCUCGCAGGUUAUUUACCUUUCGAUGAUGACCCUGCUAACCCCGAGGGUGACAAUAUCAACCUUCUCUACAAAUACAUUGUGAACACACCCCUCACAUUCCCCGAAUAUGUUACUCCUCACGCCCGAGACCUACUCCGUCGUAUCUUGGUUCCGAGCCCGCGGAAACGUGCAGAUUUGUUCGAGGUCGCUCGACAUAGUUGGUUGAGUGAAUACGCACACGUAGUUGAGCUCAUUACUAGUACUACCACAACUAGCAGCGAGAUUCAGAACACGACCGUACCGACCGAGGAUGCAGAUGCCGGAAGCUUGGCAAGAAGCGCAUCUGUUAGAGAACCUUCUAAGACGAGAUCGACUGCAGCCGCCCCUAACGAGCCCGGCCGGAAGCAAAGCAAGGCUGAUCAAGAAGAACCGGCCCCGAAUGGCAAACAACAGAAAGAUAAUAAGCGACGAACUGUUCAGGUCGAGUAUGUGGCUCCUGUUACUCAGACGCAAAGAGGCGGCGAGUCAUCCGAUGCUCACGCAUCUCCGCGCGGACAUACUCGUGCUCGAUCAUCUAGUCAAGGUCCUGUUGAAGUGCACGCUUCGCCAAGUGAUAAGCCCCUACCGAGGGAUCCGCCAGUUUCGAGAGAUGAAUACCCAACUUCAUCUCGGGACUCGCGAAAGCCACCAAGUUCCCACCGGCGUGAGGUAGCACCCCCGAGGGCAAGCGUGCCUCGUGCUACGUCUGAGCAACAUGGUUAUAUGACCGCUGCCACUGCCGGCGCAUCUAUGGCGCGGCCUGCUACUGGUGGUUCGAUUCAGUCGACGGCCUCUAGAUUGGCAUCGUCUACACGAGGAUCGUAUGCUCAACCAUUACCUCCCACCGUUGCCGGUACUAACGUUCAUGGAAGCAUACAACAGCCAAAGGGGGCAAAGAACUACGUCAUCUCCAAUCCAAUUCCCCAGGAGACGCCUGAUAUGGAUUUCGGCAGACCCAGCAUCAGCGUUCCUUCCAAAUUUGCUCAAGUCUCCGGAUUUAGCCAAGCACAACAGCAACAGUCAGGUGACGCCAAAGGCCACCGAAGAUCUAAUACCAUUGGCGAGAUCGGUGGUAAGAUAUUCGGCCGCAGUGGCUCGCUCUUCGGUAGUCGCAAGAAGCGUCCCGACCAACAAGGAGAGAAACCAUCUAAGAAAUAUCCCCCUAUUAGUUUGUCGAACGCUAUACCUGGUGACUCGAGGACCUCUAUGGAAUCUCGUACUUCCCGGAGAUCCUUCACCCUGGGACUAGGCAGGAAGCGAAGUGGUAGCAUCGCCGGGUCUCAGGCAUCGUUGGAGAAGCCACAGAAUCGACGGUUCUCCUUAAUGAGAGCAAUCGGCUUAAGCAAAGAGCCUACAACUCCACCUCCGGACUUUUCCCAACAAGACCUGCCCAUUCAGGAGCCUCCCGAUGCCAUCGAAUACAGUCGUUAUGUAGAACAACAGCAGAACAAUGGGAACAGUAGUCAACGAUAUGGAGAUGGAACUUAUGAGCAGUUGCCAUCCCCCCGAGUCGCGUCCGCCCCGCAUUCAGUCUCCAAUCCUAGUCCAAUUCAGCAACGAUUCCCACACAACGCGAGACCUACGGCAAUUCCUUCGUAUUUACAAACAGGUGCGGUCUUGACCUCUGAAUCUGAGGCUUCGAUCAUCGAACCCCAGCGGAAACCACCAGGCUCGGCACCUCAUCUAGGUAGUCACGAUCCCGAUCACUCUGAUGGUCGCCAUUCCGGACGUGGAAGCCGAGUCCUACAAAAGAAUAACAGAAGAUUUGUAGACGCCUAUGACGGAGAAGAAUAUGGAAGGUCCCAUGAUCAUGCGGGCAGCAGUGGUGCGGCAAAACGAGUGAUGGACUUCUUCCGAAGACGAGGCCGUGCACGAGGAGGUGAAUCUUAA